AUGGCCAACAAUGUCAAUUGUAUGCCACGGGGCCUUGUUGACAGAGCUGACCUUACUAACUGUCCCACCACUUACUCUCUGCUUGCCUCAAUUGCUAUUUUCAACGCCGAGGUGGCCCUGCUCUCCUUGAUCUUCGGCCAUGAGCGAGUUCGCAGAGCCAUAGCCCGAUACAACUGCUUCCCCAGCGCUCGAUGGACGCCCUUUGCGGGCAUCGUCACAACCAUUAUAUCCAUAGCGGCCAUGUUCGCAGCCACUUACCUCCUCCGGAACAACGGCUUCCGCCCCAACGCCUUCAUGCUCUUUGGCUUCUGGACCAUGCGGCCUCGAGCCAGCGUGUUUACACUCCUCUUCUUCAUCAUCGCCCGCGUCUGCUUUGGCCAGAAGGGCAACCAGAACACUUAUCUGUGGUCGCUCAAGGACCACACCGUCGAGGACACGCUGCUGAACAUAUUCAGCCUGCCCUUCGCGCUCUGGUACAUCCUGCAUCGACCCGACAACUUGGACGCGGGCUCCUGUUCGGACAACACCUCGUACCUGCGCUUCUGGAACUCCUUCUACGCCAUCGCCGGCGCCGGUGCCAUCAGCGCCUUCCUCGCCGUGGUGAUGCUGGGCCACGCCUGUUCCAGGAAUCGGAGGCGGGGCGUCCCGGACGUCCUGUAUAGCGUGGUUGGAUCCGGCAAAAGCGACGCGUCGCUGUCGCCGUUCUGGAGGUUCGUCUUCUCGGUGGGCGGGAUCAACAUGAUCGGCGUGUUCGCCACGAGCUGGGUCAUUUGGAGCACCUUCGUCAUCAAUGCCGGCACCGACUUCUGUCCCGGGAGCGUCGUUGGGGAAGGCAUCGCCUGGGGUAUCGCCCUCUUUGUCAACGCCCUCGUCCGACCCAUCAUCGGCGGGCCAGAUUCUUCAUAAAUUAAAACAAGUUGUACCGUGGUGGUUUAUCCUUCGGACACGGCGUGCUUCUCCGCUAUGUUGAUCUGUGACUUUUUUUUUUUUUUUUUU